AUGGAGAAACUUAUUCGCCACUUUAACACCAGUCCGUCGAACGUUGGCUCUUUAACUAAGAAGCGAACGAACGGCGUUUCUUCAUCUACUGUCCGUUGUUUCGGGGUUCGUCUGGACGAACUCUGUGCCCGUGAUAAACAAAAUGUGCCUCUAGUUAUAACACAAAUGUGCGCAUUCCUGCGAGCUGUUGGCGGUUUUCAAACUGAAGGUCUGUUUCGGGUGAACGGCAAUUCACGUGUUAUUGAAUCUCUUCGAAAUGCUGCCGACGCCGCCAUGUCUGGGAAUGUCUCCAAUAGUGUUGAUAUAUGUAUUGCUAAAAGUGAUCUGUUCCUCGCUCAUCUUGAACGUUGUGGAGACAUUCAUUCUGUUGCAAGCCUUAUCAAGCUCUUUCUCAGAGAACUUCCUAUUGGACUCGUACCACCAUCACAUACUAAGGAACUGCUAGACACCUAUGAUUUGCACGCGGAGGAUUCCCUUGCAGUAAUCGAACGCGUAAUUCGUGCACUUCCACCUCCAAACUUUCGGCUUCUGGAAUAUCUGUGCUAUUUUCUUCGACAAGUGACGCAAUACCAGAAUAAAAACAAAAUGAACAGUACGUCUCUGGGCAUUGUGUUUGGUCCAAACGUCUUUCGCUGCCCCCGAGAUUACGAGGGCCUCAAAAGCCAAAAUGUGGUAAACCACAUCAUGAGCGUCCUGAUAGAUCGGUCCGAUAUCGUCUUUGGUCGCAAGUCCCUGAAAACCCCUUCCACUUCUGUCGUCCGCAAGAAGCACGCUGGAUCGUCAGUGAAAACUGCCGCCUCAUGUCGAGAGGAUGCGGUCGCAACAGCCAACAACUACCGUAGGUCCGCAAAUAACGGACCACGACACCAUCACAGCCAUGGCGGCCACUCACCCUACCACGACUCGGCUCAUGCCCAGAGGGUUUUUUCUGCAAAUGUUGAAGCGCAGCACAAUGAGCGUGACCGUUUUGCCCUAAGUCCGACGGAAAUCCAGAGCCAAUCAGCUGUCUUGGAGGUGGCAAGCGGUGUUGCCGAACAACUCUCUGCCACUUUACAGGCCUGUCUCCGAAACUGUGUGCAGCAGCACGCCUUCCCCGCCAUGUACCGUCGCAGCCAGUAUCCGCGGGCCAACUCAGUGGACCCAUCAACUUGCUACCUCAGCGAUUUUACCACAGACUUGACUUCUGUACUGCCCUCACUUCGUGUGAAAUCGCCAACAUCCCACCCACGAACUGGGUCUUCGGUGAACUCAAAGUCUCGUUCAUCUGUCAGCCGACCCACCAACAUUGACGUCCGUCCACGGCAGCGCCAUGACUCUUCGUCCCCUCAAAUAGCAUCACCACCGGUAUUCAAUGGUGUCACCUGGACGGGCGAGAGUCGGGCGUACCAGAGCUCUCCAAAUAACCACAUAAUCUUCCAGUCCAAUGAUGUGGACACAAUUGAUUCUCGAAGAUCAAAAACCGUCGGACAUGUCAUUUCGGGGAGGAAAGUCAGUUUGACAAGGCCACACGAAGCAGUUAUCCUCUCGCCUUCUCAGUCUGACGCUUCUGGCAUUUAUUUUGCCUCAGGCGGGAGGAUGACGGAUGGACCUGUUGACGCGAUUGAAAGGCCUCAGCGGCCGCCCUCCUCGUCUUGCCCCUCCUCCACACAGACCACCGUCCCCUUGAAACGGAGUGGACUCCAGGACGGUGACACUCUUCUACAACCCUCGACUGCUGAGUCCCCGAAAAUUGACCCCAUACUCGGCGCAUACCAUGAAAUUCUGCAGAGGCUAGCAGCGAAGCGUCGGGCUGCGAACCGACCUGAUGAGUUGCUUGACAUGACACUUGAAGAGCUGGAGGAAGAAAAAUCGGUUAUACAACGCACCCUGCUCUCCUUCGAGAAAACCUACGGCCGCCCCCGUGAACGCCAUGAACGUGUGAUAAUGCGUCCAGUGUACGAUCGCUAUCGCUCUGUCAAACGCCUUCUUGCCAGUGCUGGCAACCAUCGGUGUACCAGCCCCAACACUCCUGCACGCGCCUUUGUUUCCAACGGCCAGGAUAACGGCACAGGCGACCUCUCUGAUGAGCCCGAGCCGUUGUUACUAGGGCCUCCAUCCACCACCACAGCCGGCUCGGGUUGUGCCGAAACAGUUGGCUUCGUCUCUCCCAAAACUAAUUCUAUUCACUCUGAUAAAUCGACUUCAGCACAGCAUGCAAAUCUCAUACGGACACGUGAAGGGGGCUUCGUGGUACCGGAACACCGAGUUUCGUCUGUUGAAGCUCAUGCUUAUCCCCGAGCCCAAGCUACAAGUACAAAUCGGUGCACAAGCCUCAUGCUAUCGAUAAGCUCGCAGGCACCUGAUGAGUGGUUUGGUUCACUCGGCGUAUCAGCGCGGCCAUCUUAUUGCUUGAGUUCGCCUCAGCGCUACCUCGAGACCGAGGAGAUGGCUGCUGAGCAGUUUGUAGAGGAAGUGACAUCUGUUCAAGGAGAUUUAGUAGCAAGCGAGGAGGGGAAUCGGACUCCGGUCUACCAGACUCCCUCGCCGCCCCAGCGCAAGCCCCGCCGUAAAGCUGAGUUACCUGUUUGGGUUGCGCCCUCGGAGGCGAGUGGCCAGGGCAAAUCACCCGCGCAUCUGCCGCGCAAGUCGCUGAUUAUCUCAACAGACCCCUGUCAUCAGCAGCAGCAGCACAAUCGAGUGCUUAGUGGAGAUGAUUCAGAGGAUCACUCCAUUUCAGAUUAUAUCUCGAGGUACUCAACCUUCACAGUAUCUCAGCUUCAGGCGGAGCUUAAAUUCGUUAAGGAAUCGAAGAAAUCGCUGCAGAAGUAUCUUAAGGAAUUUGAACAUGAAUUUCUGCGAAAUCAUGGUCGAAAGGUGGAUACGAUUGGUCGCGAGCCGUUAUAUUCUGAAUACCAUAAGUACAAAAUGCUGAAAGUUCGCCUCACCUGUCUAGAGCGUCUAAUUGAGGCAAGGUCGGGAAAACGAUAA